AUAAGUUGGUACGAGGAUUUCCUAGAAUCAACCGGGAUGAAAAACAAAAAAAAUAUUAAAAUCAUAUGUUACCCCUCUUAAAAAAGGGGACCAAACUGUUAGCUAGAGGAAGGUAUGGUUCUGUGACUGUGACACAGAAACACUACGUAUUAAUAGCUCCAAAUUUUUGAUCCGUAAACUUCUCAUUAGAAUCUGCUCUUGGAUUUAUUCUUCCUUUGCAACAGAAAAACAAGAUUGAAAGAACUGUUUCAUUAGUUUUUGUUUAGAGAGGCAACAAAAGUUUGGUUUUACAAUGAGAGGGUACUAUACAUUCUUUGAGAGAGCUCUUCGAGCUUUUAAUGAUCACUCUACAGUGUCUAAGAUUCUUGUCAUCUCCUCUGUCAGCGGUGGAGGUCUACUGGCAUUUUCUGAUGCCAACGCAUUCCAAAGUUAUGCUGAAGGAGAUGGCAAGAAAAAGAAGGUAGUGGUACUUGGAACUGGCUGGGCUGGCGUCAGUUUCUUGAAAAACUUGAAGAGUUCUUCAUAUGAUGUUCAUAUAGUUUCACCGCGUAACUAUUUUGCGUUUACUCCAUUGUUACCAAGUGUUACAAAUGGAACAGUCGAAGGACGCAGCAUUGUUGAACCAAUUCGCAAUAUUGCAAGGAAGAAACCAUUUGGAGUUGGAUUCAAGGAGGCUGAAUGUUAUAAGAUUGAUCCAGUACAGAAGAAAAUUUAUUGCAGAAGUACUGAUCAAGGCAAAACUUUAGGAGGGAAUGAAGAAUUCACAAUGGAUUAUGAUGUCUUGAUUGUGGCCAUGGGAGCUAAAUCAAAUACUUUCAACACCCCUGGUGUUGAGGAACAUGCUCACUUCUUGAAGGAAAUUGAAGAUGCUCAGAACAUCCGUAGGUCAAUAAUUGAUUGUUAUGAACGUGCAAGCCUUCCGAGUAUAAGCGAAGAAGAGAGGAAGCGCAUUAUGCAUUUUGUAGUUGUCGGUGGUGGCCCAUCUGGUGUGGAAUAUGCUGCAGAACUUCAUGACUUUGCACAUGAUGAUUUAGCUAAACUAUAUCCUUCAAUCAAAGAUUACCUGAGAAUUACACUUCUUGAGGCAGGCGAUCACAUUUUGAACAUGUUUGACAGCAGAAUUACUAAAUUUGCUACUGAGAAGUUCGAAAGAGAUGGAAUUGAUGUAAAGACAGGUUCAAUGGUCAUAAAAGUUUCUGACAAGCAUAUCUCUACUAAAGAGAUAAAAACUGGCCAGACUGUUUCAAUACCUUAUGGAAUGGUUCUCUGGUCAACCGGCAUUGCAACUCGUCCUGUCAUUAUGGAUUUUAUGAAGCACAUUGGUCAGGGUAACAGGCGUGUUUUAGCUACUGAUGAGUGGCUGAGGGUUGAAGGGUGUGAUGGUGUGUAUGCUCUUGGUGACUGUGCCACGAUAAAUCAACGGAAAGUCAUGGAAGAUAUAGCAGUAAUAUUCAGCAAGGCAGACAAGAAUAACUCUGGUACCUUAGAUCUCAAAGAUUUUAAAGAUGUUGUUGACCACAUCAGCGAAAGGUAUCCUCAAGUGCAGAUUUAUAUGGAAAAGAAAAAAUUGAAAACCUUUGAUGCUUUACUAAAAAGUGCUCAAGGGAAUGACAACAAACUGAUAGAUAUUGAAACAUUCAAGAAUGCUCUACAUGAAGUAGAUUCUCAAAUGAAAAAUCUUCCUGCAACAGCUCAAGUUGCAGCACAGCAAGGUGAAUACCUUGCAAGCUGUUUUAAUCGUAUGGAGCAAUGUGAAAAGUAUCCUGAAGGUCCUAUGAGAUUUAGGGGAACAGGCUGCCAUCGGUUUCGUCCAUUUAGGUAUAAGCAUUUUGGACAAUUUGCUCCAUUGGGAGGAGAGCAAACUGCAGCUCAACUUCCGGGAGAUUGGAUUUCCGUUGGCUAUAGUACUCAGUGGCUCUGGUACGCGGUGUAUACAAGUAAGCUAGUCAGCUGGCGCACGAGAGUGUUAGUGGUAUCUGACUGGCUUAGAAGGUCAAUAUUCGGAAGAGAUUCAAGUCGAAUCUGAGAGUUCUGGAGCAUGAAUCUUGCAAAACAAGUACUUAUGCUCAGGCAAUUCUUAGCAGAUUUUAUUCCACCUUCAGCUCAAAACCUCACAUAAUUAUCUUUGUUUGUCAGUGUUUUUCCUGACUGUUUCAUUAAAAAAUAAGUUCUUAGCAGAAAAACUUUUGCUGGAAAAAACUUUUGGGUACAAUACUUGCCCUUAGUUUCGGAUUGUUUAGGAAUAUUGGCGAAUCCUCAUUCCAUUUAACCAAGUCAUUCUUAUGAAUUUCUUAUCAA